AUGACCACCAUUCAUUACAUAGUGAAAAAUACUCACAAGCCAAUGCACCCUCUUUUAAUACCUGGUCAGGAUAACUCCUAUUUACCACAGACCAAAUAUGAUCCAUUCGAAGAUUACUCGGAUAUUCCUAGGAUAUCUGUUAAGCCUAAUGAGGAAAUAAUCAGUCUUUUACCGCCUAUCGACACAAUGAGGCUUAAUGAAGCUUCACUAGCAAAAUCUGGCUCGAAGAAAAAGAGAAAACUUUCAUACAAUAACACAUUGUACACUAUGCCUUCUAAAAGAAAACAAAGAUUGUGGCCUAGUUGUAAUUAUUGUAGAGUGAAAAAGACAAGAUGUGAUGCAGAAGUGACGAUUCUAUAUCAAGACAAAAGCAUUAUUAAAACUAUAAACGAUAAACUGUUUUACAUUUUAAAUGAACAAGAACAAGAAUGUAUGAUUAAGAUGAUUUCUGAUACAGUGGGUAUAUCAGAACAGGUUAUGAAUCGGAUCGAAGAAAGCACCUCCUGUAUUAUAAAACAAAUAGAUAAAAUCAUUCUCUUGGAACCUUGUUCCUGCUGCUGCAAAAUCAGAAACAGAGUUGAAAGAGAUACCAAUGCAGAAUUCACGGGAGACUGUACAUUUUCUAGUGGGCUAACAAGGAAAGAUAUUACAAUAUUUGCCAAUGUCUUGCAACAUUGUUCUGAGAAAACCUGUAUUACUGAUCUGACAAUUUUCGACUACCAACAAGCUGAGUAUAUAGCAUAA